AUGUCGAGGAAACACUCUACUCCUGAGGGCUUUUUCCAGAUGUUAGGAAACUGCUGCUCUGGGCAGCGCGCUCUUGCAGCAGGCGCCGCGAGGGGCUGGGGGCCCCCUGCUGGGCCUCCCCCAGGGCUGCGCGAGGGGCUUCAAGUCGAGGCUCAAUGCGUUCGCGUGUGGUGUCGCUACGCUCUCUUGCGGCUGCUGCCGCCCCCUCCGCUGAGGCAUUUCAAGGCUUCUUCAGCAGCUCGACAAUCGAGGGAUGUUCUCGGAUUUCUGCAUGUUUCUGGAGUGCGGAGGGGAAGGAAAGCGCUGGGCACGACAGAGCUCAAGACCAUCGACCUUACCCAAAUCCUUUCCGUCGGGGCCUCCUACAAGGUCGACCUUCUGGGGGCCCCUUCUGCGGCAACGUCGCACAGAUGGCAGCUGAGCCUGGCGCUGCCGUCGGCGGACGAGGGGGCCCCCCCGAGGAAGAACAGACAAGACGGGUCCUUUACGAGGGAUUCUAAAGGCCCUUUGUACGAGGCUCCCGACUUUCAAGAGGCGCUCCUUGCAGGGGAUGCUUCUCCCGAGGAGGCGUGGAGUAGCUACGAUUGCAGCCUUGUACUGGACGCAGAGGAAGACGCCCUCGCAAAAGCGUCGAGCGCCGCUCACAAGGGCCUUUUGGGGGGCCGCCGUAAAAGGGGGCCCCCUAAGGCUCUCCGAGGGGGUACCGACCCGAACAAGCGGCAAGGCACUCGAGGAGGUGGUCGGGAAGGCAGACGCCUCCUUGGCGGCAGACACUCAACCCGAGAAAGAGAAGACGAAGCCGAUGAGGGCGCUGAGGCUUUCUUUGUUGGCGAGGUCCCCGAGGAAGAAGACUCUUUGCUGGAGGAAGGUGGUGCCGUGCUCGUUGCAAGCGAGUCCAAACCUACUGCGAACGCACAGCCGAUUGCACAGAUCCCCCCAGAGACAGCUUCCACCAUAGCCCCUCAAGAUACCCUGACCAACGGAGUAGCGGGCCGCCCUCGUGAAAGAGUUUCCUCCUCUUCCUCUCGGAGAGCGAGGAAAACUACACCCUUAGUGCAGCUUCAGCCUCGACCAGCGAUUGUCGCAGUCUUGGGGCAUGUGGAUCAUGGCAAGACGACUCUGCUCAGAGCUCUUCGCCUCAUGGGCCCCCAGAAGGGGCCCCCAACUCCAAGGGGCCCCCGACACUGCAGAGGCGCUGGCCCCUGCGCAGAAGCCGGAGGCAUCACACAACAAAUCGGCUUCUUUGAGGUCGUGUUUCCUGAGAGCGUCGUUGCAUCCGUCCCUCGGGUGACGUUCCUAGACACCCCAGGCCACGGCGCCUUCUCUUUGAUGCGCCUUAGAGCCGCGCGGGCGGCAGACGUUGUACUGCUAGUGAUAGCUGCCAAUGAGGGCGUUCAGGAAGAGACACGGCAGUGCUUGAAGGCCCUCGAAGAGCUAAAACUUCCUACAGUGGUGGUGCUGACCAAGACAGACAUCGCGGGAGACAGCUCCCGAAGCGCCGCUUCUAGGGGAACGCCGCUUGCUGGACCAGAAUUCCUCUCUACCCCAGAAGGGGCCAGGCUCCUGGGGGAGCUCGCGGCAGACGGCCUCCUGACAGAACCUCUUGGAGGCCUUCUGCAGGUGGCGGCUGUAAAUGCGAAGGGCUUUCUUGACGCCAGAGAGGAAGUGCCUCCAGAAGGUGCUCCUGGGGAUGACCCCUAUGGCAUGAAGCACCUUCUGGAGUGCGUAGCCUUGCAGGCGGAGGUCUUAGGGCUGCGCUCAAACGCCCAUGGCGGGGGGAAAGGGCUUGUGCUGGAGGCUCACUGCAGCGCGGCGCAGGGAGGCAGCGCCUCUGUCAUCCUCAAGGAAGGGAGCCUCAAGGUAGGGGACUGGCUGGCAGCUGGCCCCUCAAUUUGUCGCGUGCGGCGGCUCCGCCGGGUGCAGGGGCCAGCGAGGAUCUCUGCAGAAGCUUCUUCCACGCAGCCUCCGGAGAGUGCGCUCUCUCGCGUUUUCGAAGUCUUCGGAUUCCCCGCAGAUGCUUUGCCCUGCCCAGGCGAGGAGGCCUUUGUGCUCCCUUCAGAAGACGCCGCCAAGCAGCAUCGAGACGAGGCAGUGUUGCCUGUCACGGUUCGGGCAGCCGCUCAGGGGUCUGCAGCCGCUGUCGCCGCAGCCCUUGAAGGCCUCACUGCUCGGCGCAACGCCGCGGGGAUUUGGCAGCUCUGCACUCCCGAGGGAACUUUCGUGGGAGCUGGUGGCUCGGAGUGCGAGUCGCCCGCAGAUGACACUCAAGGCCAAGCAAACACCAGCAGUGGCGGAGACGUGGGCGUGAAGACGGAGGCAGCCUUUAGACGGGUUCGCGUGCUGCGAGCGGUGGCUGGUGAAUGCCAUGUGCAAGAUGUCCACAGCUGCAUGGAUGAACAGAAGAGGGGCGGCCUGCUGAUUGCGUUCGGCACAAAGAUAAGCAGGGAAGCGAAGCGAGCGGCAGAGAUGCACCACGUGCAGUUGGUGCCUUGCGACAUUAUCUACAAGGCGGUGGAGGCUGUUGAGCAGCGGCUGCUAGGUCCCAGCCUCUUCCCUCUGCCGUCCAAGGGGGCAGCAACACAAGGAGCUUCUGCAGAUCGGUCCUCGCAAGCCACUGUCAAGCAACUCUUCGCCUUGUCGAACGGAUCAGUGGUUGCUGGAUGCGACUUAUUAAAAGGAAAACUGCGGCGUGGCGACUUUGUGUGGAUCCUACGGGGCGGAACACAGUGCCACACAGAGGCUGUGCGGGUGGUAUCUCUGCGGGUGGGCAAGGAUGCCAAAGAGAGCGUCACUGCUCCUGUGGAGUGUGGAGUCCUCUGUGAAGGCUUUAAAGACUGGCAAGUCGGCGACACUCUCAUUCGCCAAGAUGAUCCAGGCCAGCGCGUGCCGCCAUAA